UCUUCUUCGUUCUAUUCUCCUGUUCGUAGUUCAAUUCAAGUAGGUGCAAUUCCGGUUGUUGUUCCGGUCAUCAACGACCCCGAUUCCGCACCAGCAUGUCUAUCGAAUUUGAUUUUAAAAUGAUUACUUCAAUGUGCAUUAGUGUGGAAUUGGCUUGACUUCCGGAAUUUUCUGGUUUGUAUCCGAAAUUUCUAAUGCGCGGAGAGUUAGGUGUUCAGUCCAGGUUUAAUGUUACUGUAACGUCAGAAGAAAUAUGAAAUCUGCAAUGUAGCCAAGUAUUCACAUCAUCUUGAUAAGAUUUUCGGUUUUAAUCUGCACUGCCUCUGGUUGUACUAUGCGCUGCCAUAUAUUUAUAUAAUGGAAAUUAAAUUGCUGUUAUUAGUGUAUUUCCUUUCUCUGUAUGGUUGUUAUUCAUUUCUGGCAUUGAUGCUACAUCUUUCGAUGGAGUCCAAUUUCCAGGAUUAUCCCUCUUUUUAACUUACUAGAUGAGCUUCAGAGAAGGAAGAGGCAGACCUCGUAGGGAUUACCCUUCAAGAUCAGAAGAUAGAUCCUACCAUCGUCGAGAAAGUAAUCCGCCAUCAAGGCACCUCUGGGUUGGAAAUCUUCCUCAUAACUUAACUGAAAGUGAUGUAGCUCAUCUCUUUUUACACUUUGGAGAGCUUGAGAGCAUUGCAGUCCAACCAGGCCGGAGCUAUGCUUUUAUUAAUUAUAUAAGUAAAGAAGAUGCCUAUGAUGCAUUUAAAGAGCUUCAAGGUUUUGAUAUCGAAGGCAAUCCACUUAGGAUUGAGUAUGCCAAGGCGGAAAAAUCAUUAGCUCCACCACGUGAUGCAGAUUAUUACUCUGAGUGCGAACAGAGGGAUAAUCCAUAUCCCAGGGGACGAGGGUCUCCCUAUUCCUCGAGGGACUCAAGAAUGCGUUACUCUAGUCCUGAGUUAUCACAUCACAGAAAAUCCAAGAUGAGUGACAAUAAUGCAGAACCAAGUGAGGUCUUGUGGAUUGGAUUUCCUGCCCAGCUGAAAGUAGAUGAAUUUGUUUUGAGAAAGGCCUUUUCACCAUUUGGUGACAUUGAGAAGAUAACUGCGUUUCCAGGUCGCACUUAUGCAUUUGUUUGUUUUAGAGAUGUGAUGGCAGCCUGCAAUGCUAAAGAAACACUGCAGGGUAAAUUAUUUGGAAAUCCCCGUGUAAAUAUUUGUUUUGCAAAGAAUGACAUUGGGCCAUCAAACAGAGAGAGGAGCUCAAAUGCUCCUCCUUCACCACACAUUGGAAAACAUGGACGCACUGAAUAUUUUGACGACUUUCGAUCUGAUAGGGACUAUGGUCAUAUGUCCAGGGAUCACAGCAUCAGAUCUCCUAAUGAGCCACAUCUGGAUUAUGGUGAUCGUAACACGAGGCAUACUGAUUCUUGUUCCGGGAGGAAUAAUAUCCAUGAACGGAGGAGAUUCCCCAGGCAAGGGUCUGAGCUUGGGAUAUCCACAGAUAUUUAUGAUCAUCCCCAUAGCCAUCCAAGGAACAUGAGAGCACAUAUUCGUGAAUUCUCUCCUGAAGGUUAUCCUCAUCAAGGUCCUAUCUAUGAUGAUCCGUGGGAUUUGCCUGAAGAUGUCUCUCCCUUGCAUGGGGUAAAAAAAGUGAAGACAACCACAUUUGUUACUGAUAAUGAGUUGCCAGAAUAUCCACUGUCUGAUUUAGAGAAAUCGAAGCGAAUGCCUUCUCGUAAUAUUUCUCAGUCUGGUCUCCUUGAUAUCAAUGACAGAUCCAGACAUUCAGGUGGUAGGCCAAUUUCUGAACGUUUGAUGAACACUGGCCAACCAUUUGCGGAAAGGAGUGAUAAUCCGAAUCCACCAUAUGACGAUUUUCAGGUUGCUCCUAUGCCGAUGAUGCCUCCCUUUGAUAGGAAAAAAUUGACUCCGGAUUCUCGUGAAUCUUCCUCAAAAGAAGUGUGGAGGUGGGAGGGUAUGAUAGCUAAGGGAGGAACAACUGUUUGUCGUGCUCGCUGCCUCCCUGUUGGUAAACCGCCGGACAUUGUCCUGCCUGAAAUUCUUGAUUGUACAGCGAGGACUAGCUUAGACAUGCUUGCGAAGCAUUAUUAUCAGGCGGCUACUGCUUCAGCUGUCUUUUUCGCCCCAGCAAAUGAUCCUGGCAUUUCAUAUUACAACGAAUUCACGAGUUAUCUUGUGGAGAAGCAGCGGGCAGCAGUCGUAAAAUUGGAUGAAAGGAACACCUUAUUUCUCGUACCUCCUUCAGAGUUCUCUGAGAAAGUUCUGAAAGUACAAGGUAAAGUGUGCAUCUCUGGUGUUGUCUUGAGGUUAGAUCCUCCUGGUUCUAGCCAUGGAUUCCUUCCUCCAAACGAAAACCGAGAAACUCCAUGUAACUCGUUCCAGAAUGACUCGGUGUAUCAGAAUUCAGUUUCACCCUCGGGGCCUUACUUGCCGCCUCCACCACCUUUUAUUAACGACAUGCGGUCAGUUGAUUCUCAGCUGGCAUCGUCUCUUAUCGGGCAAAAGAGACAAUUGAGUAGCGUAUCGGGUUCAGGAGAGUAUAAACCAUCAGGAGGAAACAUGAUUCAACAAGGUUACCAGUCCCAAAUUCCCCCUAAUUAUGGAUUACCUAAUGAUCAGAUGUCAACCAAUUUCCCACCACCAAAGUACGAUCAAGUGCGGCAGUUGCUGCAUCAGUCCCCAAACUUAGUUGCAUCGCAACGAGAGCCUCAGUUAAACCAGCCACAGCAGCUUCAAAUUGCCGGGCAAGAUGAUGCAAACACUGAUCCCCAGAAACGUUUGGAAGCAACGCUGCAUCUCGCCACAGCUCUUAUUCAGCAAAUCCAGCAAGGGAAAGGUACCUGAGAGAUCGAAAUCGUUUGUGGAGCUGUGCUAUUGCAUUCUGAGCGAUAAUAAAAAACCGCUGCUCUCUGUUUUGCCUUGUUGUCCUCUUCUUGUACUUUUUAUGGAUUGUUAUGUAGCAGUACAUUUGUGUGGAACAAUAUGGAUAAAGGCAUCUGUGCUUGCACAUUCAUUCCUGA